UAUCACACUGGUAGUUCUGAAACCAAGCCAAAACAACCAUUUUUCAUAAAAAUUCAAUAUCAGCGUAAUAUAUAUAGUUUAGGUGCAUUAUUCUGGCGUUAUUUAUUUUGUUAAACAAAGUGCAAUUGUGGCUUUGCCAUCAGUUCACCUGCUACGGACGAUUUGGCGUAGUCACCAGAGACUGCAACUACAAGCAGCACUCGUGCAUCGUGCGUCGGCGAGCAGUGGAAAUUUAAGGCGGCACCAGAACUCCCCAAUUUCAUUAGCGCUAGCGGAAGACCCGGCUGAUUGUAGUCACAUAAUGAGUGGUCGGUAUCGUGGCGGCGGUGGAGGUGGCGGGCGUUAUGGCGGCGGACCGGGUGGUCCGCCAGGUGGCCCUGGCUAUGGCGGCGGUGGCUAUAAUGAUUUUGACAAUUAUCGAGGCGGCGGUGGCAAUGGAGGCGGAAACGGUGGCGGCUACAACGACAACUUCGGCCCAGGACCCAAUCCCUUUAAUAUGGGCCCCAACGUUUCCUACAAUGACAUGAUGCAACUUAUGAGCGCCAUGGCCAGCAACAUCAACAUGAACUCGCAGCCCCCGCAGCCCAUGAGGCAGAGUUGCGGCGAACUAAGGAAUCAUCAUUGCGGCCUGUUCGUGGAACUCUCGGGUAGGCUGAUCAAGAAGCGAGUGAAUCGCUUCGCUGAGCUGAGGGAUCGCAAUGGUGGCGCCUGCCAGCUGGUUGUUCUCGAGGACAAGCAUCCCCGGGUGGCGCGACGCAUGAACAACAUGCCCGAGAACACAACGCUCACGAUUGUGGGCCAAGUGAUGAGGAGGCCGCACAAUUCCUGCAAUCAAACGAUGCCAACGGGCGAAAUAGAGGUUGAGGUUCAAGAUAUCCUCAACAUCCACUUCCCGGCGAGUGGCACAAAGCGAGCGGGCGAUAAGCGCAGCUACAGCACCAUGGUGCAGCAGCAGAGCACUCAGGGCAUAACCAGCACCGAAUACAAGAUUGCCAGGAACGAAAACAUUCUGAAAUACUUUGAAAAUCGCGAUCUAACGUGCAACGAUCUGAGGCGCGAUGAUGUGGGAAAAACUGUUACUCUGGUGGGCUGGAUACCAUCAACGAAAAACAAUAAAUUCCUGCAGCUCAAGGAUGGCUAUGGACAAACUCAGUUAAUGAUUGAAGAUCAGUCGCUUGUAGACACUUUUAUGUCCACGCCCGACCAAACUGUGCUCCAAGUGGUGGGAAAAGUGCUGGGCAGACCCAAAGCCAAUAUUAAUUUGAAAUACGACACUGGCGAGGUGGAGGUUAGUGUGACGAGCGUCAAGAUCUUGAAUCCCGAUGAUCCAUACGACGGACCCAUUAAAAUCAAAGAGAAACAACAGAAGAUGUCCAUUGAUGAUCUGGAGGCUGAAGAGGCCGCCGCUUGCGGCUCCUCCCAUGCGGACAGCAACAAUGGUGAGCCCAAGGAAGACGGUGGGCCGGAGACCACGUUAUCCACGAACAAUGGCAGCAAUACCGAGCAGCGCAUAAAGGUGGCCGACACGAAUAAGUUUGCUGAUCGCACGCACAAUUGUGGGGAGCUCACAUCGAAUGAGAUCAACGAAAAGGUUGUCAUAUGCGGAUGGCUGGAAUUCCAGCGGAUGAACAAGUUCUUCAUACUGCGCGAUGCCUAUGGCCAGACGCAAGUGCUGCUGUUGCCGAAGACCAAGGGUCUGGAGGAGUAUGCAGAGACUGGCGUGCCCAUUGAGUCAAUUGUGCGGGUGGAGGGCACGGUAAUACCACGGCCAGGCGCCACUGUAAAUCCUAAAAUGAGCACCGGACACGUUGAAGUGGAGGCGGACACGGUUCUGGUGCUGAAUCCGUCCAAGAAGAAUCUGCCCUUCGAGAUACGUAAAUUCAAUCGUGCCGGAGAGCGACUCCGACUCACUCAUCGCUAUCUGGACUUGAGGUUCAAUGACAUGCAGCACAAUCUCCGCCUGCGCUCCUCGGUUAUCAUGAAGAUGCGCGAAUAUCUCGUCAACUAUUUGGGCUUUGUCGAGGUGGAGACGCCGACUCUGUUCCGACGCACACCGGGCGGUGCUCAGGAGUUUGUGGUGCCCACCCGCAAGGCCGGACACUUUUAUUCGCUCGUCCAGAGCCCGCAGCAGUUCAAGCAAAUGCUCAUGUCUGGCGGCAUCGAUCGGUAUUUCCAAGUGGCGCGAUGCUACCGUGACGAGGCAACGCGUCCCGAUCGUCAGCCGGAAUUCACACAGCUCGACAUAGAGCUGUCGUUUACCAGUCGUGAUGGCAUUAUGCAGCUGAUUGAGGAGACUCUGCGCUAUUCGUGGCCCAAGAAUCUGCCCAAGCUGCAGACUCCAUUCCGUCGCAUCACCUACGAGGAGGCACUGGAGAAAUACGGCAACGACAAGCCCGACACACGCUUCGGCUUUCUGCUGACCAACGUUUCCGACAUUAUCGACAAGAGCGAGGACUUCAAGAACAAGCAUGAGGGCGAUCUUGCCGCCUAUGCCAUUGUGGUGCGAGCGAGCGAGGCCUUCUGGAAUGGUGCUGCCCGCAAGCACUACGAGGGUCUGGGCAAAGACUUUGCUGGUACGCUGUUUGUGCGCAAAUUCGGACCCGCCACGGAUGUGCUGGAUCGUCUUGGCAAACUGCUGGGCGAGCAGGUGGCCACUGAAAUUACAGAAAAGUUUGAUCUCGAGGAGAAUGAUCUGCUCUUCCUGGGCAUUGGACCCAAAGUAGAAACUCGCACAUUGUUGGGUCGCAUCCGACUGGAUUACCACGAUUUUCUGGUGGAGAAUGUCAAGAUGAAGAAGCCCAACGACUAUCGCUUCCUGUGGGUCAUAGAUUUUCCCCUGUUCGAGCGCAAUCGUGAGACAAAUCAGCUGGAGAGCGUCCAUCAUCCGUUCACGCAGCCGCACAUCGAUGAUUUGGAUAAUUUUGCCACCAGCUGCGAAAACCUGGAGAACAUACGCUCGCAGGCUUACGAUCUGGUGCUCAAUGGCCAAGAGGUUGGCGGCGGCUCCAUUCGCAUCCACGACCGCGAUAUGCAACAGUUUAUAUUGGAACAGAUCCUGAAGAUACCGCACGAGCAUUUGUCACAUUUACUGAGUGCCUUAGAGUCGGGCUGCCCGCCGCAUGGUGGCAUCGCACUGGGCCUGGAUCGGCUCAUCGCCAUAUUGUGCAGGGCGCGAUCGAUUCGCGAUGUGAUUGCAUUCCCCAAGUCGCUGAAUGGUCGCGAUCCACUCUCGAAUGCACCCGUGCCCAUUUCCGAGGAGGACAUGAAGCUCUAUCACCUGUCGGUGCUGGAGGAAGAGGAUGCCAGCACCAAUAGCACGUCGCUCGACCAAGAGGAUGAUGAUCCCGAUCGAGUGCGUGCCCCGCCAUCGCCCAUGUCCGGCAACAGUGAUACUGAGCAGCCCGAAAUGGAGAUGGACAUUAAGGUGGAGGCUAUCGAUGAGCAGCAACCGGUAAAAACUGAAGAGGAGCCAGAGUCCUCCGCAGCAGUCCCAGUCGCAGCUGUAGAAACACCUGAAUCACCAUCCCCACCACCCCAGGCAGCCACCCCAUCAGUCCCCGCAACGCCGACAACGCGUGCCAAAAGAGUCGUCAAAAAAAAGGUGUAGGGAGCAGCAGCAGCAGCAGUCAGUCAGUGGCGAUUAUUAUUGUACGGAUUAGCAUUUUACUUUUAAGCUCAGAAUUCAAAGAUGGACGGACGAAAUGGACAGGGGACAGGGGAAGUCAAUAACAAUCAUAGCAUUCAGGGUGGGAUCCCCAAUUGUAAUCCCUGCAUUAGAAACGAGAGGAUACAGCAUAAUAAUACCGAUAAUACGAUUUCCGAACCGGCACUCCAUAUUCUUCAAGUCCAUUUCUAAUUAAAUAUGGCUUUAAAACAAAUUUAUUACAAAACUGCUCUUGUAUUCCGGAAUUGUUUAAAAUUAUAUACGAUGCUUGAAUUAAACAAUUAAACCCAUACCCAUACACUGCGUUUCACAACUAUAAGCGCAAGCACAAUCCACUUUUCCAUUCAGUUUUGGAACUUUUCAAAUUGUCAAUUAAGGAAUGAAA